UCAGAAAGUCUGGCAACCUUGUGGCUACCCUUCACUGUAUUGAACGGCAAAUUUUGCAACUUGUUGGCAGAUUUUCACAUUUCGUGUAGCUGAACGGUUGGGAUUGCCUCGAACGCAGCAAAAAAAAAAUAGAUAACGCAUUGUUGUCGGUCAAGUCUACUACAUCUACCAACUGCAAGCAAACCACAUUUACAACGUUACAUAACGAGCAAUCAGAAAGUGGAAAGAUGGCACAAAAGAUAUUGCGAAAUGUGACGCACUGCAUCUUUGAUAUGGAUGGCCUGUUAUUGGACACCGAGGUUCUCUACACGAAGGCCGCCCAAAUGGUGCUCGAUCCCUAUGGAAAGACUUACACGUUCGACGUAAAGCAACAGAUAAUGGGUUUGCAGACGCGUCAGGUGGCCGAGUUUAUAAUUAAACAAUACGAUCUGCCGUUAACAUGGGAAGAGUACGCUAAACAACAAUCCGACAAUGCUCGCGCCCUCAUGGUCGAUUCACAAUUAAUGCCAGGUGCUGAGCGUCUAUUGCGCCAUUUGCACACGAACAAAGUGCCCUUCGCCUUGGCCACCAGCUCGGGCGCCGAUAUGGUUGAGGUAAAGACCACACAUCAUCGUGAGCUCUUCAGCCUUUUCAAUCAUAAAGUCUGCGGCUCCACCGACAAUGAGGUGAAAAAUGGCAAACCAGCGCCCGAUAUAUUUUUGGUAGCGGCUAGUCGUUUUGCCGAUAAGCCCAAACCAGGUAACUGCUUAGUUUUCGAGGAUUCGCCGAAUGGAGUUGAAGCAGGCAACAGCGCCGGAAUGCAGGUCGUCAUGGUGCCCGAUGAGCGACUUUCCCAAGAGCGUUGCGCCCAUGCCACGAAGGUGUUGCGCUCGCUGCAAGAUUUUAAGCCCGAAGAAUUUGGGCUGCCACCAUUUAGUAAUUAAAUUUGUAGUGUACCUAUUUCAACUUCUAAAUACAAAU